AUGCUGUUACAAAUAGCCUUUUUGCUGCUAAUCUCUAACUUGGUUCAUGGUGGGUUUUAUGCUGAACGAUUCCAAUCACCUACAGGAAUAAAGGGGCCACCACCCAAUCCAAAGACACAGUUUUUCAUUCCUUACACCAUAAAGAGUAAAGGCAUACCAAUAAGAGGAGAACAAGGUCUUCCUGGACCACCAGGCCCCACAGGCCCUCGAGGACAGCCUGGACCUUCUGGCCCUCCCGGAAAGCCAGGCUAUGGAAGCCCAGGGCCUCAAGGACAGCCAGGCAUGCCAGGACCACCAGGACUCUCUGCAGUUGGGAAACCAGGCAUGCCAGGUCUCCCAGGAAAGCCAGGUGAGAGAGGACGGUAUGGAGAGAAAGGAGACGUCGGACCCGCGGGGUUACCUGGGCCGAGAGGUCCACCAGGACCUCCUGGAAUUCCUGGACCUGCUGGCAUAUCUGUGGCAGGAAAACCAGGCCCCCAGGGGCCAACAGGGGCCCCAGGACCAAGAGGCUUCCCUGGAGAAAAGGGUGUGCCAGGCACCCCUGGUAUGAAUGGACAAAAGGGGGAAAAUGGAUAUGGAGUACCUGGCAGGCCAGGUGAGAGAGGCCACCCAGGUCCCCAGGGUCCCAUGGGACCUCCAGGGCUUGCUGGUGUAGGAAAAAGAGGAGAAAAUGGAUUUCCAGGACAGCCUGGGGCCAAAGGAGACAGAGGUUUCCCAGGGGAAAUAGGCCCACCUGGCCUACCAGGACCCCAGGGCCCCCGUGGCCAGCCUGGGGCAGCAGGAAUAGGAAAGCCAGGAGUCAGUGGGGCACCAGGCCUGCCGGGGACGCCUGGAAUGAAAGGUCUUCCAGGAGCUCCAGGAACAGCAGGCAUGCCAGGUGCACCUGGGUUUGGUAAGCCAGGCUUGCCAGGGAUAAAAGGGCAGAGAGGGUCUGAAGGCCUUCCAGGGGCUCCAGGAGCCAAAGGGGAACAAGGCCCGGCAGGCCACCCUGGAGAACCAGGUUUGGAUGGGCUCCCUGGGCGCAUGGGGCCCCAAGGGCCCAAAGGAAUACCAGGUAACCAUGGCCUCCCUGGUUCUAAAGGGGAGGCAGGACCUAUAGGUCCUGCAGGGUACCCAGGGGCUAAGGGAGACAGAGGCCUACCUGGCUUAGAAGGAAAACCUGGCUACCCAGGAGAACCAGGUCUCAAUGGUCCCAAGGGCAACCCAGGGCUACCAGGACCAAAAGGGGACAUGGGAUUGGGAGGUUCCCCGGGUCUGCCAGGCCCUGUGGGAGCAGCUGGAGCCAAGGGAAUACCAGGACACAAUGGGGAACCAGGCCCUAGGGGAGCCCCUGGAAUACCAGGCACAAGAGGUCCAGUUGGGCCACCAGGAAUCCAAGGAUUCCCUGGAACUAAAGGAGACCCAGGAAAUCCAGGUCUGCCUGGCCCAGUUGGUAUUGCAACUAAAGGACUCAAUGGACCAAUGGGGCCACCAGGACUACCAGGUCCAAGAGGCCAUGAUGGAGAGCCGGGACGUCCGGGGCCUCCAGGACCUCCAGGCCCACCAGGCCAAGCAAUCAUGCCAGAGGGCUUUAUAAAGGCUGGACAAAGGCCAAGCUUGUCAGGGACACCUCUAGUAAGUGCAAAUCAGGGUAUAACAGGAAUGCCUGUGUCAGCUUUCACAGUUAUUCUCUCUAAAGCCUAUCCAGCAAUAGGCACUCCAAUCCCAUUUGACAAAAUCAUCUAUAACAGGCAACAGCAUUAUGACCCGAGAACCGGCAUUUUUACAUGUAGGAUACCAGGCCUGUACUAUUUUUCCUAUCACGUGCAUGUGAAAGGGACUCACGUGUGGGUGGGCUUGUAUAAGAAUGGUACUCCCAUAAUGUACACCUAUGAUGAAUACACAAAAGGAUACUUGGAUCAGGCUUCAGGGAGUGUCAUCAUAGAUCUCGCAGAAAAUGACCAAGUAUGGCUACAGCUACCAAAUGCAGAAUCCAAUGGUUUAUAUUCCUCUGAGUAUGUUCAUUCAUCUUUCUCAGGAUUUUUAUUUGCUUUAAUAUAA